UGUUGAACUUUAGGCAAGUAUCGCGAUAGCAGCCAUCAAAUUCACUACGUAAUGUGCCGUGCUGCUUCUAGCGGCGCUGGUGACAGUGCUGAAAGCUGUUGGGUAUGAAGUAAAACGGGACUGAAUUUUUUUGUACCAUCCGCAACUGCUUCAAAGUUCAGAUCGUAAGAAAGAAACCGAAGAGAAACUUCCAAAGCAAAACAAGCAACGUUGCAACUUCCAAGACCCGUUGGAUCCACGAUCAUUUCAAGGGUUUCAAACAACAUAAGCAACCAAAUCCUGAAUUGACCAAAAACCAACAUCAGGCAGUCUAAGCAGAAAAGAAGCAAUUCUACACCCAAAUCAAUUGUGGGAAGACGACAACUGAUCUGAAACCAGAAGUUUGUGCCUACUCAACAGCUUUGACAAAGCACACGUCCCAACGCUGCUCCUAGCUCUCCUCAUCCUCACCACACCACCAACUCAAACCCUGGGGUGUGGAGUGAGCUGCUGUCUGCUAUUUUAUUUUAUUUUUCCCAUAACUCCCCACUCUUAAACCUACUCUCCUCAUCCACUGUUUUCAUCAAACAUUUUUUGGGAAGCAGUUUUUUUUUCUACCUGCUUUUGUCUUUUUUUUUCUUUUUGCGCUACAUAACUUUCUGCUUUUGCUUGAUGCAAGCAUCUACAACUUGUGCCACAAACCUGUAACAAGUGUGUGUGCGUGAUUAUUUGUGUCGGACUGUGUAUGAAGAGAUCUGCAAGAACUGAUUAGUCAUCAAGAACGAAGGAAUUGCCUUACAAGAGAACAUAAAAAGACAUCCAGCGGUGUAUCAUUGGGGUGGCAUUAGAACUAUUCAUUUACCCUCAAGGAAAACUAAGAACAAAAAAACAUACAAACACUCAUCCAAAUUGACAAGUGUGAUUUGAGUUUAUGGGAAAAUAUGGGCAGCCCCUGGAAAGGCUUUGUUGAAUUUACCAUGCCUGCGUCGCCACCCACCACGUUUGUUAGCGCUGACCUGAGCAGCACUUCCCAUGCCGGACUCAGCCUUUCGCCAUAUGGGCGAUCUCAUAGCCAAGCCAGAAUGUCAGACAGGGAAAGAGGUACUUCCGAGCCCCCUGGGGCUCGCAACACUGGGCCAUCUACCUCUAUCACUCCCAUGUCUAUUCCUCGCUCCUCCUCAGUCUCUUGCCACCCCCAGUCAGGAAGUAAAAAACACAAGCGGACUCCCUUGUACCAGAGAUCAAUGAGUUUUGACCCAGGCAUGCUUCAUAACAAUGGACACACCGCUUACGCUAAUGGCACAGGUCCUGGCAUUAGAGAGAUGGGUGUAAUAGAGAAGCUUCUGACUUCAUAUGGGUUCAUCCAGUGCUCUGAACGUCAGGCUCGUCUUUUUUUCCACUGUUCACAGUACAAUGGCAACCUGCAGGACCUCAAAAUAGGAGAUGAUGUUGAGUUUGAGGUGUCCUCUGACAGGCGCACUGGCAAGCCCAUAGCAGUGAAGCUGCUAAAGAUUAAGCCAGAGGUGCUGCCAGAGGAGCGCAUUUCAGGCCAGGUGGGGCCAGACCUGCACGUCUAUCCCUUUACUGUGCUGCAUGGUUAUAUUCAUCCAGUCGUCUCCUCAAUUCAUGGAAAUAUAGAUGGGAAGUCUGCACCUGGCCAGGUGCCAACUGGAAGUGUUUGUUAUGAACGAAAUGGGGAAGUGUUCUAUCUGACCUACACUACUGAUGAUGUGGAGGGAAAUACCCACUUGGACACUGGUGACAAAGUCAGCUUUUAUAUGGAGACCAACAAGCAUACUGGUGCAGUCAGCGCGCGCAAUAUUCAACUUGUGACGAAAAAGCAAAUGAGGUGCCAGGGAGUUGUGUGCGCUACAAAGGAGGCUUUUGGCUUCAUCGAGAGGGCUGAUGUGGUGAAGGAGAUCUUUUUUCACUACAGUGAGUUUAAGGGUGAUCUUGAGGCUCUGCAGGCAGGAGAUGAUGUAGAGUUUACAAUCAAAGACAGACAGGGUAAAGAGGUUGCCACAGAAGUGAAACUUCUCCCUCAAGGUACGGUCAUCUUUGAAGAUAUAAGCAUUGAACAAUUUGAAGGAACAGUCACUAAGGUCAUCCCCAAGGUUCCCACUAAAAAUCAGAAUGACCCUCUCCCAGGCCGUAUCAGCGCUCGGAUUGGAUUCACUGACAAAGAAAUGCCGUUUGGUGAAAAGGACACAAAGUCAAAGGUGACUCUUUUAGAGGGAGACCAUGUACAAUUCAACAUUUCCACUGACCGCAGAGACAAGCUGGAGAGAGCCACAAAUAUCGACAUCCUCCCAGACUCCUUUGAUAUCACUAAGGAGACUCGUGAAAUGGGGGUGAUUGCUGCUAUACGUGAUGGAUUCGGAUUCAUUAAGUGUGUGGAUCGUGAUGCUCGGAUGUUCUUCCACUUCAGUGAAGUUCUGGAGGAAAGCCAGCUACACAUCUCUGAUGAAGUGGAGUUUACUGUUGUGCCUGAUAUGCUGUCUGCCCAGAGGAACCAUGCAGUACGCAUCAAGAAACUACCGAAGGGCACGGUGUCCUUUCAUACCCAGUCUGAGCAACGCUUUAUCGGGGUAGUGCAAAAAGAAGGCGUGUCAGCCACAGCUAAAAACGCGAGUCCCAGCAAGGGCAAGGAAAAGGAACCUGAGGAUGGAGUGAUUGCGUAUGAAGACUGCGGAGUGAAGCUCACUGUGGCGUACCAUAUAAAAGAUUUGGAGGGGGGAUAUCGCCCUCAGGUUGGAGACAAGGUGGAGUUCUCUAUCAAUGAGGUGAAAAGAAGCGGCCAGCAGACUGCUGUUUCCAUCAGAGUCCUGAACCGUAAUGCCAACAGUGGCAAGCGACUGCAAGGCUUUAUUGCCACACUGAAGGAUAACUUUGGCUUCAUUGAGACUGCAAAUCAUGACCAGGAGAUCUUUUUUCACUAUAGUGAAAUGUGUGGAGACUUGGAUAAUCUUGAAUUGGGCGACACAGUGGAGUAUACUCUCUCCAAGGGAAAAGGAAAUAAAGUCAGUGCUGAAAAAGUCACCAAAGUAGCAGCUGUGAAUGGAAUUGGGGAUGAUGUAAGCACGACAGUGAAUGGAGGUAAAGUCAUCCGUCCAAUACGCAGUGUGGACCCCUCUCAGAAAGAAUAUCAAGGGCUUAUUGAGGUCAUUGAAGAAGGUGGAGGAAAAGGCCAAAGUUAUCCAUUUGGAAUCAUGGGUUUGGCUAACAAGGUUGACUGUCUGCAAAAAGGAGAACUGGUCAAAUUUCAGGUUUGCACAAUAUCCCAGACUGGACAGAAGAUGGCCUGUAAUGUGGUUCCCCAGCGCCGAGCCAUGGUGGAGUGUGUUAAAGACCAGUUUGGUUUCAUCACAUACGAAGUUGGCGAAAGCAAGAAGCUUUUCUUUCAUGUCAAAGAAGUGCAGGAUGGCUUGGAGCUCCAGACUGGUGACGAAGUGGAGUUCUCAGUCGUCUUUAAUCAACGCACAGGAAAAUGUAGUGCCUGCAACGUGCGCCGAGUCAGUGAAGGGCCGAAACCGGUAGUGACUCCACGUCCUGACCGUCUGGUCAACAGACUGAAGAGCAUCACUCUGGAUGACGCCAGCGCCCCUCGGCUUGUCAUCGUUAGACAGCCACGUGGUCCGGACAAUUCAAAGGGCUUCAAUGUGGAGCGCAAGACUCACCAACCUGGUGUCAUUGACUGAGCAAUACUGUUUGGUGCUGGUAGGAGGGGGGAAGGGGUCAGAUCGGGGAUAUACUAGUCAACCCAACAUGGCACGAGACGCUUAAAAUCCAAACAAUACAACAAAACAAACAAUACAAUUUGGCCCACUUAAUUCAAGCGGGUCAGAUUUCCCCACCCCGGCCCUCCUCCUUUGUAUGACGUUCUUGAUGAUUGCACAUGGAAUCUGAGCGUGUGCAUGUGUGAUGUGUCCUAGCUGUGUGAAGGGACACAGCCUUGUCCCUCUCAACCAGACUGUGGCCACCUGUGCCCCCAAUUGUUUUGGAAUUAGCUUUGUCUGGAAUUCUGCACCUGUAAAGUGUCUACUUGUUUAGUUGGAGUGAAUGGGUGUGCGCGCAUGUGUGACUGCAUGUCUUAGAGUGACUUUUCCAUCUAUUGUUUCCCCUAUAUUGUUUGCUUCUUUACACAUAGACACUUGAAAUGGUUUCAUUGUGAGAUCUCUGCUACUGUAUGCUUUCCUACAAAAUGCAUAAAGCAAAGUUCCCUCCAUAAGGAGGAUCAUAUUUCUCAUGUGUGAGCUUCAACCGAGGAUUUGUCUCUGCUCGUUUUUUUGAGCAGUUUUUAAAUGCUUGAAUUGAGAGCUUUUUGAAAGCAUGGCGCGUGUGUAUGUGUGUUCCAAUGGGAUUUACUUUUACCAAUCUGGAGCCUUUAGAUACUUUUUUGGUAUUCGCGAGCUCCACUAAAGCAAUUUCUCCCAGGUGCAGAAUUCCUUUUGGCAUGUUAUAUCUGCGAAUCGUUUUUUUUUUUCUUUUUGUAAUUGCUCACGUUAUUGCUUUUUCCAUUGAAACUCAGUCUAUUACGAAAAACAAGGUGCCUAAAAUAAUUAAAAAAAAAAAAAAAAAAAAAAACUACAAGCAAAACGAAGUGGGUUGGUGGGGCUCAAGACGGUUUGUUUGGUUAUCAGCCGGCCACCAAUAUAGAGAGCAAUCUUUGGAUGGCUCUCUUGUUCAGUAGACAUAAUGUUAUGCAUCCCAAACCCGGGAGUUGAACAAUACUGUAUGUAAUGUGUGCUUUUCUUCCCUUAGUUAAAGUCAAACUUCAUAUAUAAGAGAACAAAUUUAUGGGGAAAGAGUAAGGUAUUAGAAACUUAAGUUAAAAAAAAAAAAAAAAAACAACAACAAAAAAAAAACAGAAUGAGGAUCAAUCAGUCUGCAGAGAUCACUGGGUUUCAGUUGAACCGCGUACAAAGGUUCCUAUGUACGUUUGUUAAUGGUCUUGAAUGAAUAAGCAAAUUAAAGUUUUAUGAACAUUAA